UCAAGUUGAAUCAAAACUAUGUUAAUUAGGUGCUUAUUUUGAUAGUUCGUGAUACCUUGUAUUCUUUUAUGCCGCACAUUCAAAGGAUAAACUCCAUCCGAACAUCAAUAUCGGAAUUCAAUCCGGCUUGCAAUCAUGUCAGUGAUGAAUCUCAUUCUCACAGCAGUAUUUAUACUCAAAAAUAAUUUUUAUUUAAUUAUGGCCCACGGUGUCACCCUGGGUGGAAAUACUAUACAACACAAAAUACACAAGAAAGGACUUACAACUUCUAAAUACGAAACAACCACCAUGAUGGAGCCAAUUGAGUAUGAGCUUCAUAGAGAUAAAAUAAUUCCAGAUCUCCCAACUUUGGAUAAAUGUCCGGAGCAUCUCUUGAAAGUGGUUUACGAAGAUGAGUUUACCGUUUCUUUUGGAAAUACUUUAAGGUCGGCUGUAGCUACUGUGGUUCCAGAAAAGGUGUCGUGGUGUAACGAUGAGCCCAAACUCACAUUCCACACAAUUGUUUUUGUCGACCUUGAUGUGAUGUCACAAGAACAACCUAUUGAGAGGGAGUGGCUACACUGGAUUGUUGGUAACAUCCCUGACGACAGGUUACAGUCCGGGCAGACAAUAGCAGAGUACCUUGGACCAACACCAAUGCAUGGUAACGGGACUCAUAGAUAUGUUUUCCAAUUAUUCAUCCAAAAAAAAGGAAAAAUACAUUUUGAUGAACGCCACCUAGUUGGUCCUACAAGGCCUUUGGACUUCCGAAGAGCUCAAUUUUCAUCGAGAGAAUUUGCCAAGAAGUAUGACCUGGGCCGACCUUAUGCGGUGAACUACUUUUUGAUCACGUGGCCAGAGGAGCCAGAAUCUUACGAGGAGGAUGAAAAGCCAAUACCACCUCCACCUCUACCUACCAGAGAUCAUAACCUCAAUUUCACCGAUGAACACGAAAGUUAAAAGCGAUACGCGUAAGACCGCUCCCGCGUUUUGACAGAAAUUUAAAUUCAUUGAUAUCUGCUUCGGAGGGAAGGACCAAGGUCCCAGGAGGAGAAACUAGGUGGACAAGCAUAUGGAUUUUGGAAGUUGCAGUUUUCUUUUCAUGGAUAUAUUACGGGUAGACCCCGUUUUCCGGGCAAAUCUAGUCCUGCCCGGGCUCACCUGGGCGCAACUAUGAGCAUCCAAUUUUUGCUGGGCUUAUCUAGAUCUCUGCCGUGCAACGUAAACACGCCGUAAACGCCAUUUUACGUUUUUUGGAAACAAUGUAUCAUCGUAGAAAAACUUGUGUACCUUAUGGGUCAAUAUUUUUACAGAAUUCUUUCGCAAAUACUAUCAAAAACAUGGGGGAGGCUGCACUGGUUAUUGGGACGGAAUUCCAAGCUGUCCCUUGAUAACAAAAUUCUCCUGUACAAAUGCAUUUUAAGGCCCAUUUGGAGUUAUGCCUGCAUGUUCUGGGGAUGCGCUGCAGACAGUAAUAUCAAACGGACCCAGACUUUCCAGAAUGUGACUCUGAGACUGAUGGUUAAUGCCGAGUAGUAUAUCAAAAACUCUGAUAGGACUUAAGGAAUUAAGCAUAGUGUCAGUGAAGAAUCACAUUCGAUAUCUGACGGAAAACUAUGAACGCCGCUUGGGUUUGCAUCCUUAUAAAGAGGCCAUAUUCCUCCUCGAUAGCUCCAACCUACUUCGCAGGCUCAUGACCUGAUUUCCGAUUUUGUAUAUGACUAAUUUAGUCAAUUUUCUCUAUAAGAAUUAGUAACUCAUUUAGUGAACUAAAAAGACAUAUUUCUGUGUAUACACGGUUUAUUUACCUAAUCUCAUUGUAUGUACAGUAUCUAAUUUUGUCUAAUUUUAAGUGAUUAGGCAAUUGUCUUUGUAGAGAGUUAGCUAUAUUUUUUUAAGAUUACUUUAAGUUCUUCUCAUGUUUUCAUCUUCUUCACCUCUUACUCACUCUUAUCAUUAGUAGUUAUGUAUCAGAACUAUUUAACUAAAUAACGAUUCAUUUCAAUGUUGCCAAAUUUCUCAUCUCAAAUUGCAUUGAGUAGGAGAUUCUGCGACAUUUCUGACAGAGAAUAUCACUGAUUUUUGCUCAGAUUUUAUGCAAACAUCCGAAAAUUGUUGAUAAAAAUUGCACAAGUGCAACUUUGUAAAAUAAAGUAACUGUUUGAGUCUA